UUCAAGGCGCCAGUUAUUUGAUAUCACUUGUAAAGGCUCUGACAUGGGUUCACCAAAGUGCCUCUUGUGAAAUACUUUUAUUCACUCUUGUAUUGAAACAUUUUUUUUAUACUGUGCCUGUUUUUAAGUUUAACCAGAAUGGACUGGUUUUUCAACAAACAACCAACGCUUAAAGAGCAACAGAGAGCCAACGAGAAAAAUCUUCGCAAAGCUUCCAGGGACGUUGAAAGGGAGAAGAGGGAGAUCGAAAGGGAAGAAAAAAAAUUGGAGUUAGAAAUAAAAAAAGCAGCAAAAGAUGGAAAUACAGCGGCAUGCAAAAUUCUGGCAAAACAGUUGGUCCAGCUCAGGAAACAGAAGAACCAAUCUUUAAAUUUUAACUCGAAGAUUCAAGGGAUAUCGUCUCAGAAUCGUAUGAUGGGCGUUAACGCUAAAUUGUCUGAUGCCGUGUCGACAACAGCUGCUACAAUGAAAAACAUAAACGCGGUGAUAAAACCUGAAAAAAUGGCUGCCGAUAUUAGAGCAUUCCAAAAUGCAUCUAUGAAAAUUGACAUGUCUGAAGAGAUGAUUAACGACACUUUAGAUGACAUCCUCAAUGAAUCAGGCGAUGAAGAAGAAUGUGACAUGUAUGUUAAUAAAGUACUCGAUGAAAUCGGAAUUGAAAUAGCAGGAAAGGUAGCUACAGCUCCCUCUGCUGGCACAAGCAGCUUAAAAUCUGAACGACUUCCCACUGCAGAAGAACUCGAAGAAAAAAUGGCCAAAUUACGUCACUAAAUGCUUUUAUAUUUCAUAUAUUUUUUAAAUUAUCAUAACAUGCUAGUAUUAUUUUUUAUAAAUAAAUAACCAUAAAAAUCAUACUGUAGAAAGUAUCUAACAAAAUUGCCCUUCCUAUAAAUGUCAAAAAGGAGAUAAGUAGGUUGGGGUAAUGAGUAAAAUAUGACUUAAUUUGAGGUUCAUACAUAUUGUAAUUGUGAUAAACAUGAUUUUUAAAAUAAUAACAAUAUUGCCAUUAUAAUAAUUUUAAUGCAAUAUCACUUUGGCAAUAAUAUAAUUGAAAUGAUGUAUAAUAAAAUUAAAUAUAUAAAGAAUCACGAAGCUCCCUCAGGCUGUUAGAUGAUUAAUAAUACACAAUAAUAAUAUGAAUAAUAAAAAGUAGCAUUCUUGGAAUGAA